CUCGGGAGUUAUUGAAAGAAGAAUUAAGAGAGAAAGAUGAUAAAAUUGAGGAACUAAAAACAAAGUUAUUAACUAGUGAAAGAAAUAUUAAAGAUUUAGAAAAAUUAUUAGUGCCUAGUGUUGAUGAUUUAUCUCAGAAACGAGAAAUUAAAAAAGAAGAAUUAGAAAAAUUGUCCCAAUUAGAACAGAAAGAAAGGGAAAUCCAGCAACAAGCCCAACAGCAUUAUCAAGAGAAAAAAAACUAUUUAGAACUAACCACUAACUUAGACAACAGUCCUAAUACUCAAAAAUUUUUGGAGGAAUUUGUAUCUCAGUUCUUUGCUGAGUUGCUUG